CCCGAUCUCUGUCCGGCCUAGUUUCUGAGGGCAGGUGCGAAAUGGCGGCGGCAGUGGCGGCUUCGCAGGCGUUGCGGCGCUUGAGGCGGCUCCGCGCGCAGGGACCAGCAGCUUGCCAGGCACUCUCUCGCAACUUUCACUUCACUGUUUAUGGAAAGAAAAGUGUGUCUGCUAAAGUAUCUGAUUCAAUUUCGACACAGUAUCCUGUAGUAGACCAUGAAUUUGAUGCGGUUGUAGUGGGUGCAGGUGGUGCAGGUUUGCGAGCUGCGUUUGGCUUGUCUGAAGCUGGGUUUAACACAGCAUGUGUUACAAAAUUGUUCCCUACCAGAUCCCAUACUGUUGCUGCACAGGGAGGGAUCAAUGCUGCUUUGGGGAAUAUGGAAGAGGAUAACUGGAGAUGGCAUUUCUAUGAUACUGUGAAAGGCUCUGAUUGGCUGGGAGACCAGGAUGCAAUUCAUUAUAUGACAGAACAGGCUCCGGCUUCAGUUAUCGAGCUGGAGAAUUAUGGGAUGCCGUUUAGCAGGACAGAGGAUGGGAAGAUCUAUCAGCGUGCCUUUGGAGGACAGAGCCUUCAGUUUGGGAAAGGGGGACAAGCUCAUCGAUGCUGUUGUGUGGCUGAUAGGACAGGCCACUCUCUGCUGCACACACUGUAUGGCCAGUCUCUUCGAUAUGACACGAGUUACUUUGUGGAAUAUUUUGCCCUUGACCUCCUUAUGGAAAAUGGAGAAUGUUGUGGAGUUAUUGCACUUUGUAUAGAAGAUGGAACCAUACACCGUUUAAGAGCAAAAAAUACGAUUAUCGCCACUGGAGGAUAUGGGCGCACCUACUUCAGCUGUACAUCUGCUCACACCUGUACUGGAGAUGGCACAGCAAUGGUCACACGGGCUGGCCUGCCUUGUCAGGAUUUGGAAUUUGUGCAGUUCCAUCCCACAGGUAUUUAUGGAGCUGGCUGCCUCAUUACAGAAGGCUGCCGUGGUGAAGGAGGCAUUCUGAUUAACAGUGAAGGUGAAAGGUUUAUGGAGAGAUACGCACCAGUUGCCAAAGAUCUAGCUUCAAGGGAUGUUGUGUCUCGUUCAAUGACUAUUGAGAUCCGAGAAGGAAGAGGAUGUGGGCCUGAGAAAGACCACGUGUACUUGCAACUGUAUCAUUUGCCACCUCAGCAGCUAGCAACUCGUCUUCCUGGGAUUUCAGAAACUGCUAUGAUAUUUGCUGGUGUGGAUGUUACCAAAGAACCCAUUCCUGUUCUGCCCACUGUGCAUUACAAUAUGGGAGGUAUUCCUACAAACUACAAAGGACAGGUGAUUACCCAUGUAAAUGGCAGGGAUCAAGUAGUCCCUGGCUUGUAUGCUUGUGGUGAAGCAGCCUCUGCCUCUGUUCAUGGCGCUAAUCGUCUUGGAGCAAACUCACUCCUAGAUUUGGUGGUCUUUGGUCGUGCGUGUGCUCUUAGCAUUGCGGAAUCCUGCAAACCUGGAGAGCCAGUUCCAUCAAUUAAACCAAAUGCGGGUGAAGAAUCUGUAGCAAAUCUUGACAAACUGCGCUUUGCCAAUGGAAGCAUAAGAACUUCGGAUCUGAGGCUUAAUAUGCAAAAGACAAUGCAAAACCAUGCUGCAGUGUUCCGCACAGGUCCUGUCCUACAGGAAGGUUGUGAGCAAAUUAGCAGUCUCUAUAACAACAUGGAUGAUUUGAAGACAUUCGAUAGAGGUAUUGUCUGGAAUACCGACUUAGUGGAGACUUUGGAACUACAAAAUCUAAUGCUCUGUGCUUUACAAACUAUUUAUGGUGCAGAGGCUCGGAAAGAGUCACGUGGCGCUCAUGCUAGGGAGGAUUAUAAGGUAAGGAUUGAUGAAUAUGACUAUUCCAAACCAAUCCAAGGGCAGCAGAAGAAAUCAUUUGAUCAGCACUGGAGAAAGCAUACUCUCUCUUAUGUAGAUGUCAAGACUGGGAAGGUUACUCUGGAAUAUAGGCCUGUAAUCGACAAAACCCUCAAUGAAGAAGACUGUGCAACAGUGCCACCAGCUAUUCGUUCCUACUAGUGACUUUCGUUCAAUUCCUUACGUUGUAAGUUUCCUGGUACAGAAGUGAACAUCAUGCAGCUUACUACUAGACAACUGUAGUGCAAUAAGUCUGAAAGACUCUUUAUUUGCAGCAGAAUCCAGGAAGCUUAGUAUUCUGGCCCAUUGCUUCAUGCGUUAAUAUAUCAUUGCAAUACAGAGCUCAUGCAGCAAAGUAAUCUCAUAGUGUCUCUGCUUGAGUUUGCAGGUUUCUCUAAGUAGCUGGAGCUCUGCACGCAAUUUGUAUGUAUUACCUUUAUUUUGACUGUGCAAUUUUGUAUUGACUUUCUUAGAGUGAUACAUUAAAAGAGUAAAUGCAGUAUGGUGGUUAAGAGAAACAGCAGCAUUUGGAAGUACUUACAUCCAGUGAAAUGAAAGGGUUUAAGUGCACCUAACUAUUGGAUUGUGGUCUUAGAACUUUAUAAUUCUCUACAUUUUACAGUUCACAUUACUUACUUAGAAUCACAGUUGCUGCAACUAUAACUAGGGGAACAGUGUCAAGCCUGAAUCCAAGUAUCAUAGCAGAUCCAUAACAGCUUGGUAGGACUUUUCUGUCUGUUGGCAGACACUAAAAAUUUAAAGAAUCCAGCUCUCUCUCCCUUAAAUAUAUUUUCCUAGGUGAAUAAUACACUGUUGAGAAUUGAAAGUUGUAUAUCUGGCAUUCUUUGUAAGGCAUUCUUUGUUUGGAGUGUGUCUCUGAAAAGGGUCACAAUGUAUAGAUGGAUAUUCUUUCAGAUGCUUCAGUGCUGUCGUAUCAGUAUCAUCUGAAAAAUCUGAAACAAGGUUUUACUAACUGCUUUCUGAUUUCAUUGACAAGUGUGCAUAUUAUGUAUUUACUCUGUAUUUGUAAAAAUCCAGCACAUUAAAUUGGACAAGAAUGUAAGUACAGCCUGUGCCAGCACUGAAACAAUUAUAUUAGUUUUUCCAUUAA